AUGUCAUACUACCCGAAUCAGCAUGGCCACUGUCCGCACGGCCAACAGUUGCCGCACAAUCCACACGAGGGUCCUAUUUCGCAUACCGUCUUUCCUCCGGAUAUGAACCCCAACUAUCCGCAUCAACCGUUGCUGCCGGGAGGAGUUCAUCCACCAGGACACUAUCCACCGCCGCAUCUGAUGCCGCCGUCGGUGGAUAAUCCACACUAUCCACCCGGGCACCACUACCCACCGGGACACUACCCACCGCACUAUCCGCCGGGACAUUAUCCACCGCACUAUCCGAUCCACGAGCAGGCCGUUGGAUACGGUGGUUCCCAGCCGAGAAAACCCGAGGAAAAGAAAUAG